AUGGGCUCAAUCUGCCAAUGUCAAACUUUUGAUCUUAAAUCUUGCUAAAAUGAAAUCACAAUUGCUUCCAAAAAUACAAAGAAACAAGAAUAAAGGACAGUAAAAAAAAAAAUUUCUACCCCUUAUUAGGAUUAAAAUCUGAAGGUCUUUUAUAUUAUUUACCCAAAAAAUGAACAUGAUUUCGUUUAAUUAGUCAAAUAAUUGGAAGUUAUCAAUAAAAAUGAACAAUAUGAAAUAGAAGAAUAUUGUUAAGUGAGUCAAGGGAGUUAGAUUGAAGAAAUUGAAAGUUAUUUUAAUUUAAAUGGCCUAUCAGUUGGAUCGUUUAAGUAAAUGCACAUUACAAGUGACAAAGAAUAAAAGUGA